AUGGCUAACGAAAUCACCCACGAGACCAUCAAGGAUGGCUGGUUCCGCGAGAUCUCGCACAUGUGGCCUGGCCAGGCCAUGACCCUCAAGGUCGAAAAGGUCCUCCACCACGAGAAGAGCAAGUACCAGGACGUGCUCAUCUUCAAGUCGACCGACUACGGCACCGUCCUCGUGCUCGACAACGUCAUCCAAUGCACCGAGCGCGAUGAGUUCUCCUACCAGGAGAUGAUCGCCCACCUCGCCCUCAACAGCCACCCCGAGCCCAAGCGCGUCCUCGUCAUUGGCGGCGGCGACGGCGGUGUCCUCCGCGAGGUUGUCAAGCACGACUGCGUCGAGGAGGCCAUCCUCUGCGACAUUGACGAGGCCGUCGUCCGCCUCUCCAAGGAGUACCUGCCACACAUGGCCCAGGGCCUGUCCCACCCUAAGUCCACCGUCCACAUUGGCGACGGCUUCAAGUUCCUCGACGAGUACAAGAACCACUUCGACGUCAUCAUCACCGACUCCUCCGACCCCGACGGUCCCGCCGAGUCCCUCUUCCAAAAGUCCUACUUUGAGCUCCUCAACAACGCCCUCCGCGAGGGCGGCGUCAUCUCUACCCAAGGUUCCGAGAACCAAUGGCUCCACCUGCCUCUCAUCACCCGCCUCAAGAAGGACUGCAAGGAGGUCUUCCCCGUGGCCGAGUACGCCUACACCACGAUCCCGACCUACCCCUCGGGCCAGAUCGGCUUCAUGAUCUGCUGCAAGGACGCUAGCCGCGACGUCAAGGUGCCCCUGCGCCAAUGGACUGCCGAGGAGGAGGCUGAGAAGUGCCGCUACUACAACGCCGAGAUGCACAAGGCCAGCUUCAUCCUGCCCACCUUUGCCAAGAAGGCCCUGCAAUAG